AUGGUCAAGGUCUCUUCCUUCGCGCUUUUCCUUGCUGCUACUGUCAUCUCCUUGACCGGCGCUGCUCCUGUGUCUACUUCUACCAGCGAUGACAUUAAGAUCACUAUCCCUACACCUGUCAAGAACGACACUCCAGUUCCAACUUCCCCUACUGAACAGUCGAUCGAAACUCGCGCCGACGUCGAUCAAUUUUCUUCGUCCGUCAAGCACCAGGGCAAGGCCACCUGGUUCACGCACGGCUAUGGCGCUUGCAAUAUCUACUGGGAUGGCAACAAGGAGCCUGUCGUGGCCCUGAAUGCCCACCAGAUGGGUACGCAGUCCUGGGGAAACCCCGUCUGCGACCGCAAGGUCCGCGUCUACAACCGUCAGAACCCAUCCAAGUCCGUCGUCGCUCGCAUUGUCGACAAGUGCCCCGGUGAUGAGUGUGCCUGGGGUUCUUUGGAUCUCUCGCCCUUCGCGUUCAAGAAGCUCGGUCACCUGGACACGGGUAUCAUCGAUAUCUCCUGGAACUAUGUCUAA